UCUGCUUUGGUAAAAGUUAUUAAAAAUGCAUGUUAUCAUUAAAAAAAAUAAAAUUAAAACAUAUACAUUAUACAGUCAUCGGAGGUAUUUGAAUUUUCGUCUAGACGACGUUAUUCAAUGAUAAUUUAUACGACUAUAAAUAAAUAGUAUAUAGUAAUAUACAUGUUGAAAAUAAUUUAUUGGGGAGAGACGGUUAACGAAAUCCAUUAUCGUGGAAGGCUGCGACAGUACGGCGGAACAAAAAACAUAAACUGGUUUGUAGACUUUUGGGAUUAAUUUAUCGGUAUUUCGUGUACCUACUCGUAAGGUAUGUAAGACGUAAACAAGUGGUUGGAGGUUUUUUUUUUUUUAUAAAAUGUAUAGCUGUCGAGAGUACUGCGUGUGGUAUGUAGGGACUGUGGCGUCGGUGGCGGCAGCAGCGGUGGUGGUAGUAACUGAUCGUUAGCCCCUCCGACACAGGUAUGUGACACGGCGCGCCGCACCGCAGGGAACGAGUUAGGCAACAGUAACCAGCGCAGCGCACUAGUAAACGGUCCUCCACAGUUUUGUACGGUUUACGCACAAUUCAUAUCAUACACAUCGGCGAGCAGACGGCAAGCGUUUACACCCGUUUAGCACGACACAAACAAGGCAUAUAUUAUUAUCACCGACGCGCGAACACCAAGAUCAUAAUCGAAUGGCAGACGACGGGAUCGGAGUGGUGUUGUUCGAGCACAUCACGGUUGCCAAAACGAUCGCCAUGCUCGUCCUGGGCUUGGGGUCGUUCAUAUUGGGCAUGUUGCCCAUAAAACUGACUUCCAGGAAAUGGUGGCGGCCGAACGCCGAAGCACCGCCGCAACCGGCGGCUGGCGGCCAUUCGCACCCCGGUCACUCGGCCUCCGAGUCGUCGCCAAUCGUGUCGCUGCUGUUGUGUUUCGGCGGUGGCGUGUUGCUGUUCACCACGUUUUUGCACCUGCAGCCCGAGGUCCGGGAGAGCGUCGUCCGACUGCAACGCGCGCACAGGCUGCCCGACGGCCACGGCACCGAAAACCUGGGCGACCUGAUAUUCUGCGUCGGGUUCUUCUUGGUGUUCAUCAUCGACCAGAUAGUGCACGCCGUGCUGGACGGCUUGUACGGCGGCGCGGACGGCCAGGAGAUGCUGCACCGGUCGAUGAGCCUGAGGCGGCGCGACAACCCGGCGGCCGCGGCGGCACGCCCGAACGAGAUCGGCGAGGAACAGUACCGGUCGCUGUCCUGGGAAAUGACGCUGCCGGCCAGACAGCAGGGAAACGCGGCGCAGCAGCGACAGCAGCCGCGGCGCGGCGAGGUGUGCAACACGGUCAAUCGUCGUCCGCCGAAAGCGAACGGACAGUCGUUUCGCGGCCUGUUCGCCGUGCUAGCCCUGUCGUUUCACGAGGUGUUCGAGGGCCUGGCCAUCGGGUUGGAGGAGCGCGUCGACCACAUGUGGUACCUGUUCUUCGCCGUGGCCACGCACAAGCUCAUCAUUGCUUUCUGCAUCGGCUUGGAACUGGCCUGGCUGGAGACCAAGAAGGCCGUGCUCGUCGCGUACGUGGCCACGUUCGCCGUUGUCACGCCGGUGGGCAUCGCCAUCGGCAUGAUGCUCGUACGCUACGGUAACGGCGGUGCUGUGGACGGCGCGCCCGGAUUAGUGGCUGUCGUCCUGCAGGGGCUGGCGGCCGGCACCCUGCUGUACGUCGUGUUCUUCGAGGUGCUCGCUAGAUACAAGCAGUCGGGAUUCUCGCACCUGUCGUCCAUAAUACUCGGAUUCGCCGUCAUGCUGAUGCUGCAGAUGAUGACCCAUCACAGUCAUAGUCACGUGUUAGAUGACAACCAUCAUCAAUAUUUGGAUCUCGAUCAUGAAUCUCAUGAGCAUACAUCUCAUACACAUGGACACGAACAUGGUCAUUAAAACUUUUAAAUGAUUUAAACUUAAUACUUUACUAAUCCCAUAGAUUAUUUAAUUUUUAUAUAUUAUUUUAUUUAUAAACUGUUUAUUAUUAUUAUUAUUACUAUAAAUACUAUACAAUACAUUUUUUAAUCUAAUA